GGAGGAAACACCGUUCCGGUCAACACGACAGAGAGAUGAUAGGAAAAAGAAAGAGAACAGGCAGAGCAGCACAGACACUGAAACAGGAAACAGCGGCCGAGCAGCGCAUUAGCAACCACGCGGCAUGUAUAUAUAGGACCCCCGAGGGCGCGCGCCUCGGCAGCCGCUCGAGCCGAUCAGCGAGCGGGCCUCUGGGAGAGGUAGGGAGCCAUGGGGAGGUCGCCGUGCUGCGAGAAGGGGCACACCAACAAGGGCGCGUGGACCAAGGAGGAGGACGAGCGGCUGGUGGCGUACAUCCGGUCGCACGGGGAAGGGUGCUGGCGGUCGCUGCCCAGCGCGGCGGGUCUGCUGCGCUGCGGCAAGAGCUGCAGGCUGCGGUGGAUGAACUACCUCCGGCCGGACCUCAAGCGCGGGAACUUCACCGACGACGAGGACGAGCUCAUCAUCCGCCUGCACGCCCUCCUCGGCAACAAGUGGUCUCUGAUCGCCGGGCAGCUGCCGGGCCGGACGGACAACGAGAUCAAGAACUACUGGAACACGCACAUCAAACGCAAGCUCCUGGCCCGCGGCAUCGACCCGCACGCGCACCACCGCCCGCAGGCGCUGCACCACGUGGCAGCAGCAGCCCUCGUCCCGGCCCCCGCCGCGAAGCCGAAGCCGAAGCCGGCGGAGUCGUCCGACGACGGCGGGCGCAGCAGCUGCAGCUGCAGCGGCAGCGGCAGCAGCGCGGGGGAGCCGCGGUGCCCCGACCUCAACCUCGACCUGUCCGUUGGUCCGCCGGACGCGCCCACCUCGCCGCCGCCGCCGUGCCUGUGCCACCGCGCCUGGGAAGCGUGCGGCUGCCAGGCAGGCUGACGGCUGAGGCAGCAAGAGUUCAGAUUUUUUUUUUGUUAGGCAGUUGAAACAAGGCUAGUGUGAACCGAGAGGAGAUCAGUAGCUAGGACACUGUCUCAGAGAAAGAAAGAAAAAAAAAAACCAAAAGGAUUCUUGAAUA